AUGGAUAAUAGAAAUGAAAUAAAGCAAAUUCAAAUGGAAGCAGUUGAGUGGGUAAAAACUGUCGAUGAUAUCUGGAAAGACUUAGAAAGAAAGCAUUUCAACACCCAACUUGAGACUAAAAUUGGAUGUGGAAUAAGAUUCUUUGCUAAAAACAUACAAGCGUGCGGAGAGUUCAACGAAAUUAUUUUGAAACUUGCUGAUUGCUUUACCGUUGCCUUAGAUCUGAAACUUGUUAAGUGGAGUGUUCGAGAUAUAAAUGCAAUGCUAAUGAUGAUAACCUCAUUACUUCUCAAACGCAAAGAUGAGGUUAUAAUCAGAAAAGCAGCUUCAACAUUCAAAAAAUGUAUUGAACAGUUGGAUCGGGACAGAAAAGAUGAUAUUACGACUAUCAUUCAGUUGCAUACGAAAGCAGUAGAAUUAUUAUUGCACAAAAUGAGCAAAGUAUCAACUUUCUACACGCAAUUGAAAGUUCUGAAUCUUUUGAAUCUUAUUUUGAAACAUUUUGAAGAUGGCGGCUUCGAUGUUAUCAGAAAUUACAAAAUUUUUGCUUCUUGUAGUGGAACUGUCAUUCAUGAUGCAAUGGAAAUGUUCAAGGCUAUUGAUGAAAAGUAUUGUUUUGAAACUUCACGUCCAUUUCUGGAAAUUUUCAAUCAACACAAUCUGCCAUCACCUUUUAUUUAUUCUUUUAACGGAUUUGUUAUGGACAUAAAUAAUUCUUCGCUUCCACUGCAACAAGAAGUGACAAUUGAUUUCAAUUUGCGACAACUUUCAAUUUCCUUCUUUAUUGAGAUUUCUGAACAAACAUUUUGCUUAGAGAUGGAGGAUUGUGAAGCAUUCGCUGAGAAAAAUAAGUUUAUUAACCCGAAUCAUAUUGAAUUGAAGCUUGAACCAGCCCAUUUUCAUUUUUUGAAUGAAUCUGAUGAAGUUGUUCACGUGUUUGAUCAACUUGACGCUGUCGUUCUGGUGAUCACAGAUCAAGAUGUUUUCUUUUCAAUUAUUUAUCCCAUUUUAAAGACCAAAACUUCAUUAGCUGCAGAUAUGACUGAUCAAGAAUCUAUGUUCAGUUAUCACACAAUAAAGUCAGUUAUAAGUGAACAUAAACAGAAUGAACAAUCGAAACCAAUAGUAACUCUUGAUAACAUCAAACAAACUGUUGAUUCACCAAAAAAUGUCUCUGAAUCAAUUGUGCAAAUUGAUUUGUCGACAUCAAACUUUGAAAAUAAUACUCAAGAGACAAGAAAAACACGUCAAACAGCUAAAGUUGGACCAACUUUGAAACAUACUACAAUUUAUGAUGAGAUUCCAAGUGACGAUGAUCCACUUCCACCAGCAAAACAAUAUUUUCAACAAUGUCGCAUCAAUCGUAAGAAUCAACGCCAAGGUAUUGAUAUAAAUAAAAAAAAUGAAACAUAUUUGAUGUCACCAGAAAUUUCCACUAAAAAGAAAGUAAAUGAGGCUAAGAAAGUUUCAAUUAAAAAAAAUAUUAAAACAACAACAACGAAGACUGUGAAAAAUCCAACGAAACCUCGAGGCAGAACUGCGGCUGAUAAAAAAGUUAGCAAACGAGUAAAAAAAUCUCCGAAACAACAAACUUUGCAGAAGGAAAAGGAAAAUCAAGAACCGGAAUUGCAAACAUUCAGUGAUGCAGAAUAUAGAAAGAAUUGUGAGAAAAUCAUUGCUGAAAAUCGAGCAAAAAUUUUAAGAGCAAUAGAACGACAUUCAACAAAAUCAGAGCAAAAGAAAAUUUUUGGCGAUAUUGCAAAGAAUUCCCGCAAACGACCAUUGGAAGAAACCCCAGAAAACGAAGUAACACAAAAGCAAGCAAUAACAGAGGAGAUCUAUGUCGAUGUUGUAGUAGAAAUAAUUCCGAAUGCUAACAAAAAAUUGAAGCCAACUUUAAAUGAUGCUGACACGGACAUUGAAAAUUUCCAUCAAGAAAGCCGAAAUUUUCACAAAAUUAAUGAAAAUAACGCCGACGAACAGAUUGUUGAAAAAUCUCAAAGUACUCAACAAAUUAUUGAUUCAAAACGACAAAAGAAAGUAUUGUUCAGUGAUGAAAUAACACCUGAGCAAGAAACAAACAAAUCUACAGUGAAACUUUAUCAAACUCAGAUUGAAAAUUCAUCAUUAAUUGCUCAAAAUCCUUCACAGUCUCCGAGAGAUGAAAUUAUAUUCAAUUUCGAAACUUUGAAGUAUAAUGAAAUUCUUCAUAAAUUUAUUAAUGACUCUAAUAACAUUAAUAAUCAUCAAUCAGAGAACGACAACAUAGUUUACGACAAUAAUGAUGGAGAUGAUUAUGACACUUUGAUAAAAACGAAAAAUUCUCCUUCAUCAACUGGUGACAGUUUGAUUCAGGAUGUCAACAUUUGUAUUUCUAACCCAAAAAUUGUCGAAGACAAACCACAAGAUACAAAGAAACUCGUUCGAAACAAGAAAGAAGAAUCACUUUCCCUGCUUUACAAGAAGAAAGCAAAGGAAAUGUUACAGCCGAUUUGGAACGAGAUAAAGGCAUUGAAGUUGAAUAAUUCUUCGAAUCUGAUAAACGAUUCAUUGAAAAAAGAAGUUUCCAAAGGAAUGCAAAGAAAAAAAGAAUUAAAAGAUCAUUUAGAUCACCAUGUGAAGCUGCUCAAACGACUUCAACACUCGAAGACAGAACUGAAGCAGUUGACUGAUAAAGAUGUUGCUGAAUCUGCUGCAUUAGCAGUCGCUUUACAGAAUGUUGAAACUGAAAAACGAAAGAAAAUUAAGGAUGUUAAGAUGAAACUUGAUGCUCUUUGCAAGAAAGCAUCAAACAUUAAUGAAGAAGUUAAGCGAAGAAUUUGGAAGAAAUACGUUGAUAAAAUUUCUGCAGAUUUGCAAUUGAUGCUUCAAACGAGCUCCAAAUUUUAA